AUGAAUUUAAAUCAACAUGAAAUAUUGGAAACCAGCAUUAAGGAAGAGGUUUUUCAAAACACAUCAUCUAAUAAUCUAGUUUCGAAUAAUGAAUCUUGGCAGGAGCAAGACCUUUCAAUUGCACCAAACUUUCAACUUGGUGAUACAAACGACAUUCUCUCAAAUACUCAACUUGAUAAUAUUAGUAACAUGGCAGACGAUCUGGAAAGUCUAGAAAUUCCUGAACUCGGCGACAUGUCAAAUGCCAGUCCCAUGUUUACAAAAGUUCAACAAGAAGAUGACAUCAACGAAGAACCACUUGAAAACCACAAUGAAUCCCAACCAAACAUUCGUAAAAGAUACUCCCUAAUCUCUCAAUGGAACAAAAAGAAGGUUUCCCUUUGUUGCGGAGGAAAAAUUGGAAUUGUCCCAUGUUUAUCCGUAAUGGCAAUUCUCCUCAGUAUUUUAGCGCUCAUUUCCAUUGCCCUCCUCGUUGCCCUUCCAUUCUAUGAAAUUAAAAAAAUACCAAUUCUAGAUUUAAUGACAAGUCGUGCAAAAUUAUUUGCCUCAUAUAUUGCCAUGAGGGAUAUGUUAAGGUUGGGAGUUGAGAAUAAGGGUAAUUAUGAUUCGUAUUCGACCUAUUAUUACUAUUAUUACUAUAAGAAUAAUUUUAAUAAUAGUUAUACAAAUUUUACGCAUAUUAUUCCAACAAAGUUUAGUCAUGAAUUUUUGACGAAACCUUUGGCAACUUAUCCUAUUUUUGUGAACUAUUGGGAUAAGAUGGUAAAGAAGGUGGUUUCGUUUAGGGUGAUAAAUGGAACGACCUAUUACUCUCUCAAUAAGACCAUUCAAGCAGAGGCAAGAAGUCAACUUUACUCAGUUGACUAUGCCACGACUUUCAAUGAUUUUCAAACCUCUUUCUAUGAUUUACAGGACAAGCUAUUCGAAAUGUGCCAUCAUGCUGAUAUGCUGGUCAAGAAUAGUGGAAUUGCCACUUUAUUUUUGGUCUGUUUCUCAUUGGCAGUGAUUCUUCCAACCAUUCUAAUAAUUUUCAUAUUUGCAUUGAGGAAAGAUCGAUCGAAUGCAAAGAAUCUUCACUCAGCCAAUCGAAAUAUGUUGAAAGAAACCAUGUCCAAUCCGUCCAUGAGAAGAGAUUUUAGAAAGUUUUGUAAAGAUUGUAAAAUGGAAGGUCAAUAUUUGAUUUUGGAAAAGAUUCAAUUUUAUAAGGAAUUUUCAUUGGAAUCGUAUGAUGCACAAAUGAAUUUAUUUGAAUUGACUGGAGAGUAUGUGAGGAAACAGAAUAUUAACAUGAAGGAAAAGAAUUCGAGGUUGGUUUAUAAGGUGGCUAAAGAGGCCGAGAAGAAAUUAGUUUAUUUUGAAAGGAUGAAAUACGAAACUAUAUUUGAGAUUGUUGAAAAUUUUCAUGAGGUGAAUCAAUGUUCGCACUUUUCAGCACUCUUUCAAGAAGUGAGAACAGUGUUGGAUUUGUACAAUAACAAGAAUGAUAUCUUUGAGGAUACAGAUCUACUGCCUUCGAAACUAUUCGAUAAUUUAGAAAAGGAAUUGAGUACAGCUCUUGCUAGAACUCAUUUGCAAUUCAAAUCAACGAGUGGACUAAAUGCUAGCAAAGCAAUGUCAUGCAAUUCACCAUCAUCUCCAAUUAUUGUUGAGAAAACGAAGCCACUAUUGGAUCAAUCAGUAAUCUCUACUACAGAAGAUCUUUCCAUUCAAGUGUAA